AUGGCCGUUGAAGUUUCACCUGAAGUUGUCACCCUGGAUGUCAAUGCCCAGGAUAGCGGAGAGGUUGCCAAUUUGGGAUCCCGUGGUGAAGCCCUAGAUAAGAUGGUUCAGGAACCCGAAUGCAAUGCAUUCCAAGAUGACCCAAGCGUGGAAGACAAGGAUUUCGAGUUACCUUCUUCUGCCAUGCAUGGAACACCACUCGCACGACUUGACGCAGCGUAUGCCAGAUGCACGCGAGUGAGUGCAGAAGAACUCGAUUUGGAACCAGCAGUUUAUAUUCGCGAAGGGAGUGAGCUUAUGUCUCAGUUGAAAGAUCAGUUGGUUAUGUUACCGGUCUUGGAUGCUCUUUCUCUCAAAUGUGACCUCGAAGCUGCUGACCACGGAAGCUCAGGAGAAGCAGCUGAAACCAUCCUAAAAAGACAUAGGAAGAUCUUCUUAGGUGAUGGGAAUAAUGCCCCGCCGCCGGCGAGAGGUGUUAUCUGUGAUCUAGAUAUAGGCGACGCCAAGCCAGUGUACAAGUUAUUGAAGAAGCUUCUGGAAGCUACACUGAUUGAACACUUUGAAUCGCCAUGGGCAUCCCCAAUUGUGAUCGUACUCAAGAAAGACGGAGUGGGUAUUCGAAUGUGUAUCGACUAUCGGGUCGUGAACAGCUUCAUUCAGUUACCGAAUGACCCGCUACCACUGAUCGAUGAUCUCAUCACUGGUUUUGAAGGUAUGAUGUCGUUCUUGAGUCUUGAUAUGGCGAGUGUCUUCUGGGCAGUCCGAAUGACCAAGAGGGCUAAACUGAUCUCAGCAUUCACCUGCCCAUUUGGAUAUUUCCAAUGGGUACGUAUGCCAUUCGAGUUGAAAAAUGCCCCACUAUUUUACCAACAGAUGAUCCAAAAUUGCCUGUGGGGUUUUGUGCGGUUAUCACCCGAGGAAGAAGCACUCGUGGGUCAGGAUGUGUUGGACAACUUGAAGUUGAAUCCUCAGUCGCCGAGUGAUGAAGUGGAUGCAGGACGCAGUAUGACACCACUCGUGGAGCAAAUGACGGUUUUCAGGCGUAAUAUUCCCGCACCAUCCCAAAUGGGGCCAGUCUUGGGGCGCAGUUCGUAUAUUGAUGACAUCGCGCAUGGGGCGGCCACGUGGGAUCUACUAUGCGGUGAUCUAGAUGCGUUGCUUUAUCGGUUACGAUAUUGGAGUAUCUCAGUUAGUUUGCCCAAGAGCGAAUUCGGGAAGCGUGUGAUACCAUACCUCACCCAUGAGAUUGUAAAAGGCAUCCAGGAGCUACCAUUUCCUUCUACCCUAAAAAGAGUCCAGUCACUUCUAGGCAGUCUGAAUUACUUCCAUAAAUUCAUUGAGGAUUAUGCCGUGGUAGCUGCAUCACUCUAUGAGUUGACAGACGAUCAAAUGCGCGCAGGACGAGACUUGUCUCGAGCGAAAGAAUCCUCUGAGAUCUUGAAGAGGAAUAUCGUAUCUACCCCCUGCUCAGACACCGGGAUCGAACGAAACCUUUCGUGA